ACACACCCCCCACCCCCACGCUACACCCCCCUCCACACGCUACACCCCCCUCCCCCUGUGUACUUGUUGGUCCUGUGACGUGUUCUGGGUGACAAGCCCCUCAGUGUGUCAGGGGGUGACAAGCCCCUCAGUGUGUCAGGGGGUGACAAGCCCUCAGUGUGUCAGGGGGUGACAAGCCCCUCAGUGUGACAGGGGGUGACAAGCCCUCAGUGUGUCAGGGGGUGACAAGCCCCUCAGUGUGACAGGGGUGACAAGCCCUCAGUGUGUCAGGGGUGACAAGCCCUCAGUGUGUCAGGGGUGACAAGCCCUCAGUGUGUCAGGGGGUGACAAGCCCUCAGUGUGUCAGGGGUGACAAGCCCUCAGUGUGUCAGGGGGUGACAAGCCCUCAGUGUGUCAGGGGGUGACAAGCCCUCAGUGUGUCAGGGGGGUGACAAGCCCUCAGUGUGUCAGGAGUGACAAGCCCCUCAGUGUGUCAGGAGUGACAAGCCCCUCAGUGUGUCAGGGGUGACAAGCCCUCAGUGUGUCAGGGGGUGACAAGCCCCUCAGUGUGUCAGGGGGUGACAAGCCCUCAGUGUGUCAGGGGGUGACAAGCCCCUCAGUGUGUCAGGGGGUGACAAGCCCCUCAGUGUGUCAGGGGUGACAAGCCCUCAGUGUGUCAGGGGUGACAAGCCCCUCAGUGUCAGGGGUGACAAGCCCCUCAGUGUCAGGGGUGACAAGCCCUCAGUGUGUCAGGGGGUGACAAGCCCUCAAUGUGUCAGGGGGUGACAAGCCCCUCAAUGUGUCAGGGGGUGACAAGCCCCUCAGUGUGUCAGGGGGUGACAAGCCCUCAGUGUGUCAGGGGGUGACAAGCCCUCAGUGUGUCAGGGGGUGACAAGCCCUCAGUGUGUCAGGGGGUGACAAGCCCUCAAUGUGUCAGGGGUGACAAGCCCCUCAGUGUGUCAGGGGGUGACAAGCCCUCGGUGUGUCAGGGGUGACAAGCCCUCGGUGUGUCAGGGGUGACAAGCCCUCGGUGUGUCAGGGGUGACAAGCCCUCGGUGUGUCAGGGGUGACAAGCCCUCGGUGUGUCAGGGGGUGACAAGCCCUCGGUGUGUCAGGGGGUGACAAGCCCUCAGUGUGUCAGGGGGUGACAAGCCCUCAGUGUGUCAGGGGGUGACAAGCCCCUCAGUGUGUCAGGGGUGACAAGCCCUCGGUGUGUCAGGGGUUACAAGCCCUCGGUGUGUCAGGGGUUACAAGCCCUCAGUGUGUCAGGGGUGACAAGCCCCUCAGUGUGUCAGGGGGUGACAAGCCCCUCAGUGUGUCGGGGUGACAAGCCCCUCAGUGUGUCAGGGGGUGACAAGCCCCUCAGUGUGUCAGGGGGUGACAAGCCCCUCAGUGUGUCAGGGGGUGACAAGCCCUCGGUGUGUCAGGGGUGACAAGCCCUCGGUGUGUCAGGGGGUGACAAGCCCCUCAGUGUGUCAGGGGUGACAAGCCCCUCAGUGUGUCAGGGGGUGACAAGCCCCUCAGUGUGUCAGGGGGUGACAAGCCCCUCAGUGUGUCAGGGGGUGACAAGCCCCUCAGUGUGUCAGGGGGUGACAAGCCCCUCAGUGUGUCAGGGGGUGACAAGCCCCUCAGUGUGUCAGGGGGUGACAAGCCCCUCAGUGUGUCAGGGGGUGACAAGCCCCUCAGUGUGUCAGGGGGUGACAAGCCCCUCAGUGUGUCAGGGGGUGACAAGCCCUCAGUGUGCCAGGGGGUGAUGACGUCAGUGUGGAGAGUUACCCACACUGUGAGUGACAGUGACAGCCCCCACCACCAGUAGUGUCGGGGAAGGAGGGGCGGGCCACCAGCCUGUUGUGGGGGUGAUAAGAUAUGCGGGCAUGGGCCGUGUUGGGGCCUCCAUGUUCUUCCUCCCACCCUACUCUCCCCCGCACACCCAUGUAUGGUGCCCACUAUAGCCGCCCACGUUGGCCAUGGGCGCAUGUGUGGGCACCCGUAGUAAAAAAGCAGAAGCGCUGUUAGCGGCGCGGCCACUGCCGGACCUGCCCGACCUGGUGAGUGGCAGUGGCCCUCUGGACCCCAUGGGGGGCCCGGGCCCUCCUGAGCCACAACCCCACGUGGGGGCCACCUUCACUACCAUCACACCCACGCCCGCCGCCACCCACGCCACGCCACCGCCCGUCUCCACCGCCGCCGCCGCCACCGCCCCGGCGCCCACACCCCAGCAAGAAGCCACCGCCACCAAGUGGCACUCUAGGGAGAACCUGCUGGCGCCCGAGGAGGAGGGCGACCCUCAGCUCUUCGUCGCCCUCUACGAGUUCCGCGCCCAGGGCGAGAACCAGCUCUCCCUCAGGAAGGGUGAACAGGUUCGUGUCCUGAGCUACAACAAGUCUGGUGAAUGGUGUGAAGCCCACGCAGGAUCUGGGGAAGUGGGCUGGGUCCCGUCCAACUACAUCACUCCUGUCAACUCCCUGGAGAAACAUUCCUGGUACCAUGGUCCCAUAUCUCGAAACACUGCCGAGUAUCUCUUAUCCUCUGGCAUCAACGGCUCCUUUCUUGUUCGGGAGUCUGAAAGUUCGCCGGGACAGAGAUCGAUUUCUUUGAGAUAUAAUGGCCGUGUCUACCACUACAGAAUUAACGAGGAUGAGAACUCUAAGUUGUACGUGUCAUCAGAGUUUCGGUUUAACACUUUAGCGGAGUUGGUCCACCAUCAUUCCCAACAUGCAGAUGGGCUCAUCACACAGUUGCUUUAUCCUGCGCCGAAGAGAAAUAAACCAACUGUAUUUGGACUCACACCAGAGCCCGAUGAGUGGGAAAUUGAGAGAACCGACAUAGCAAUGAAGCAUAAGCUUGGAGGUGGUCAGUACGGGGAUGUGUACGAGGCAGUGUGGAAGAGGUAUAACAUCUGUGUUGCGGUGAAGACACUCAAGGAGGACACGAUGGCUCUAAAAGAUUUCUUAGAAGAAGCAGCUAUUAUGAAGGCAAUGAAGCACCCUAAUCUGGUGCAGCUAUUGGGAGUGUGCACGCGGGAGCCUCCCUUUUACAUAGUUACGGAAUUCAUGACGCGUGGAAACCUGCUAGAUUACCUACGCGUUUGCAGUCAUGACGAGGUUAACGAAGUGGUUCUUCUCUACAUGGCCACGCAAGUUGCUGCAGCUAUGGAGUAUCUGGAGGAGAGAAAUUUUAUACACAGGGACCUGGCAGCUAGAAAUUGUUUGGUUGGUGAAAAUCACUUGGUGAAGGUAGCGGACUUUGGGUUAGCCCGGCUCAUGAGGGACGACACCUACACGGCCCAUGCUGGUGCCAAAUUCCCUAUCAAGUGGACAGCACCGGAGGGUCUUGCAUAUAAUAAAUUCUCCACUAAGUCUGAUGUAUGGGCCUUUGGCAUCUUACUGUGGGAAUUUGCAACCUAUGGAGUAUCUCCAUAUCCUGGGGUGGACCUCACCAAUGUUUAUCAUCUGUUGGAAUCUGGUUACAGGAUGGACUGUCCGCAGGGCUGUCCAGUACGGGUGUACGAGCUAAUGAAACAGUGUUGGCUUUGGAAUCCCUCGGAUCGCCCCACAUUUUCUCAUAUCCACCAUGCAUUAGAAACAAUGUUCCAAGAGACAUCUAUAACUGAGGAAGUGGAGCAACAGUUAGCAGCUGGCGGAGGAAGAAAAGUGAGAGGAUCGACGUCCUCCAGCACGCACCAACAGUGGGGUGAAGAUCAGCUUCCCACCAGCCCUCGCACAUCCUCUGCCCGCCAAAGAAGCAACAAGAACAAGCAUAAUGUUAUGGAUGAAGGCAGUAGUCCCAACUUGCCCCGAGAUGUCCGCCCUAGUCCAGGUAUACUGUCAGCGAGAUCAACGGUGGUUCAACUUCGGCGAACUACCAACAAGAAGGGCAAACAAGCACCUGCGCCUCCCAAGAGAACAAGGGGGUCGUCGCUGCGGGUUACAUCACCACGACAAAGGAUGAGGGCCGUAUAUGAGGGAGGGAUGAGGAGAGAGAGGCAAGGUGAGGGGAGUUCCUUCCGAGACAGUACGUGCACGGAUCAAGAUCUUCCUGCUGGAAUGGCCGGGGAUGAGCUCAAUGAAUUCAAUGGUAUAGACAAAAUCUUUGAAGGAAUCCAGAAGGACUUGGCCGACUUGGCUAGCAGCAAUGAUGCAGAGAGCGAGAGUGAACUUCGUGAGAGAACACCCGACACUGAGGAUUCUGGCGCUCAGUCUCUACCUACUACACAAGGUCUUACGUCUACUCACUCCACGUUUAGAGCAGACCCUCCGCACCUUCAGUCCUUUAGACAAAAAUCGUCCGUUGGACUUCGAGACCCUAAGAUUAGCGGUGAGAGAUUACGACGUGGUAGAAUGGAAAAGGCUGACAGUCAGAGUGGUAUUGGUGGGGGAAAACACCUCACUGUUGCCGCAUUAGAAGUUCACAAUGUAAAGAGGGCCAUAAACCGAUAUGGCACUUUGCCGAAAGGUGCAAGAAUUGGAGCUUACCUAGAAUCUCUCCGCCAGAGUGGUCUUUCCCAAGGUGUGCCUCCUUCUGAUGACCAUAUUCAAUCAUCAGAACAACAAGAAGAACAGCAAGAACAUGUUCAACAGGAUGACCAAGGGGAUCAGGAGGAAAACAAAGAUACUCCAGAUAAGAAUUCAGCUUCCAUGAUUCGUAGUAACUCGACCCAAAGUGGAUUUCCACCUCAGUCACCCUUGAUAUCACGGUUAAGUCCUCGUCUCCCACCUCUCCGAACAGACAAACGCACUAAAGAACCUAGCUUAGCUGAUUUAGAAUUUCCACCUCCUCCUGUAGAUCUGCCUCCUCCGCCUGAUGACUUCAUGGAAGACACUCAGUGUGCAUCACUUGACUUUCCUCCUCCGCCAGGAUCAGAUCGUUGGUUAGGAACAUCCUCUCCCGAGUCUCAUCGACGCUUGGUACAAAAGCCAAUUCCAUCACCAAGAGCAAGGCGGAAGACAGAUUACUCUAAUGUAAGUCCACAAAAGUUAUCAGCUCAAUCAUCAGAAAAUCAACAGGUUGCAGCAGAAGGUUCCGAGUCUCCUCAAGCAGAACGAACAACUUUAAGCAUUACUCGGCGAAGACUACGAGAUACAGAUGCAGAUAAGCCUCCCGUGCGAGCCAAGCCAAGCCUUGAUACAAGUAUUGAUGGGGAUACAAGUGAAGGUAGUCCAGCAUCAAGGUUUGGAGUGAACUUGAGACACAGGGAUCAGUCAUCUGAUUCCUGUGAGAGCUUCAAGUCUAAUGAAAACCUUUCUCCGCGCCCUGGUCUUGGCAAUACAAAAAUUAAAGUAAAGGCCAGCUCUGUUCCUGCCAAGAGUCCUGGCUCAUCAUCAGCUGAAACAGAAGGUUUGCAAACUCCAUCUUCCCCCAUUGGAGAUGGAGGACAAACUCCAUCCUCUCCAGCUGCAGUAGAUGGAAGCCCUCCAUCAGUUGAUGCUGCUUCACUUGUCUCUCGUGAUGGCAGCAUAGAAGAGCUCUCAUCAGAAGAACCAAAGGUAGUAGUACUAGGACUAGGGAUCAAUCACGAAGUUAAAGAAAGUCUUGAACUGAAGUUAGUGGCCGAAUUAAAAGAGGUUGAUGAUAAGAAAGAGCAUAGUCCAGAUCCUGUUGCUACUGAGGAAACUUCACCUGGUAGCCAAAAGAAUCCUGCACUGCAGCUAGUCUCUGAGUUGUUUGAAAGUUUACGUCAUAAAAAUAAUAAAAUGAGUGAGAGUCCUCAUUUGGAUAAUGGUAAUACAGUUAAUAAUGAACAUUCUAUUAAAUGUGAGUCAGAAAAUAUUAAUGUAAGAGAGACUGGUAAUCAAUUAGGGUUCAAAGCUAGUUUAAAAAAAGUGAAAAGUCCAUUUGAAAGAAAUAGUUCGGAGAAAGAUCAGAGGAAAAUUAAUUUCAAAGCUCAACUUAGGAAAACAGACACAGCAAAAAGUGUGGAAGAUUGUUGUAAUACAGAAAUUGAUCCUCAUAGUACUUUGAUGGAUUUUCGAGCACAGCUGAGAAAGACCAGUGUGGUGAAAGAUGGCGAGUCAGCAGCAAAGUCACCUGAGGAGGAUAGUUCCCCUGGGGAGCAACAAGAAAAUGGUAUACAAGUGUUAAGUGAAGUGAUUAAAAAGAGUGACAGCAGUGGUAAGAAUGAAUGGAGCUGUGACUCUGGAAUUAAGAGCGAUGUUAUGAGUGAAAGUAUAAUAAGUAUUCAAAGUGAAAAGAGGGACAGUUUGCAAGGUGAAAAGAGGGACAGUGUUCAAAGUGAUUCUUUAAAAGUGAGCGAAGAUGAGGAGGCCAAACGUUUUAGCUCAAGUAGCAUAAGUAGUUUAAAGAAGUUGUGGGAAAAGCAGGAUUCUGACAAACUAGCAAAGUCUGAUCCUAACCAAACUAGUCCCAAGUAUGCUCCAUGUAUAUAUAAGCGGCCAGAAUUGCCAAAGUUAACCAAGAGCGAGAAGGACGCAAACACCGAGACUCAACCUGCAAACAAGACUCCAGAAGAUGAAGGAAAAGUUGGUAAAUUAGAAAGAAGGAUGUGGCCUCCUACCAGCGGUGGUGAAGCUGAUGUCAAGAUUGUUGAUGGGAAACCUUCAGUUCCAGUUAAACCAAUGGUGAAGACUUUUAAGUUACCCCCACCUCCUGCUGGAGUAAAACCACCGCCUCCUAAACCAGCAGGCAUAUAUGCUACCCCAUCAAUUAUUAGGCCACCUUCAGUUCCAGUUCUUUCUGUGAAGAAAGAUGGUAAAGAUACUGAUAUAAAAGACAUUAGGCUGUUAAAGGAAGUUAAUCAUGCUGGCAAUCCUCCUCAGAGUAUGACAUCAUCAGGUGGCACUGCUCCCAGUGACAGUGUGAGUGGUUCAUCAAAUAGCAGUGCUGAGAAGGCUGGUUUAAUGGAACAUGGUCAUUUGGUGGAGACUUCCAUAGCAAACCUGCGAUCAGAGAGUUCCACCUCGACUGUUGCUGCGUGCAUUCAAGCGGCACAGAAAGUGUCGGCCUUCCACCGUGCAUGUGGAGAUUAUAUGGAUAACAUUCCACCACAAACUCGGUUCCAUAUGCGAGAACUGUUGACUCGCCUGGAGCUACAGACCAGACAGCUACGCUCAGCUGGAGGACGCUCAAUUGAACACAAUGAAAAACUGUUCUUGGAAAUAGAGAACACUGUAAGGGACGUUACCAAUACAAUACAGCGUUAGCUUACUUUUUGUAUGUUCAUUAUUAAGAAACAAGCUGAAAUAUUGUGCUAGUGUUACCAUGACAUUUUUAUGUUUAUAGCCUUUUAUUUCUCAUAUUCUUUGAGGAAAGAAGUGUACGCAUCGUUGCACACAAAAGGAGUUACUCUUACGUAAUUACAUACAAGAGAGUAUUGAUUCUCAGUCUGUGUGCAAAUGACAAUACUCCUGCAUUUAAAUGGUACAUGUUUGGUGAAAAUUAUUAUAUAUUUUUUUCAUCAGUAUUUCACUACAGAUAUUAUAUGUUGAAUAUUUAGUGAUCUGAAAUGGAAGUUCGGUCGUUUUAUAACCGCCUGCUCACAAAGUAACAGGAACCUAACUUAAACUAUUCCACUGAAGUGUUCUAUGCCAGUAUGUGAGAGAGUGGUAUAUAUAUUCCAUGUAAAAAGUGAGUGAAAGUUGGAGUGCUUGUGAUCUUCCCAACUGUUGCUGGUGCUGGCCUGUAGCACUCUAUCUCCUAGCUAUACCAUGUGUAGGGACAAGCAAGAUCCAGCUUUGAAAAUUUUGUACAUUAUGUAAACAGUUUAAAUAGGUAGCUUUUUGCAUGCAAAAUGACUUUGAUGUGUUAAUUCUAAUCAAAACAGAAAGUAUGAUUAUAUUUGAAGGUGGAAAACAUGAAAAUUUAAUAAUUUUAUGGUGGGUGCUUUUGUAGCCUCGGUUGGUGGCCAAUGAUUUUUAAAGCUGUGGCGUUGUUAUAUCUCCACCUUAUGUGAAGCUCGUUGGUGUAAGCAUACAAUUGUCACAUUUGUUGCUAUUUUAUAUGAAUGCUAGUCUUGUAAUUUACCGUGUUUUCGAAGGCCAGCAAUGGGCAGUUGUCUGAGCCAAAAUAUUUUGAAAAAUGGAUUUACUCAGCCUAUAAUUGUGUGUUAUGGGUGCUUAUGUCCAUUGAUCUGUUCCUGGGGCAUGUGUUUUAUCUAUUAUUUUAUGUUAUUUUGAUAUACUUGACGAAUUUCACACUUUUUUUUCAUUGGCCGAUUAUAUAAUUUUUAUAAUGUGAUUUAUCAAGGGAAACGUGUGAAAUUUGAAAGUUAUUUAAGAUGACAUGUCUGAAGCUGAAUACAAAGACUGUACUUUAUCGUAGACACUACACAUUUUUAUUGAUAAUGUGGAAUUAUUUUCAACAUCUGUAACUGUUUUUAAUAUGAUUGCCAACAAAGCCUAAUAAAGAGAGAUUCUGA